AUGUCCAAUUGCAAGCCUCUGCUCACGCCCCUCCCCUCCAAAUAUCCUACAGAUCCUACCCUUCAAUUCCCUUUUGCUCAACCCAAGCUCUUCCGUCAACUCGCCGGCUCCUUACAGUUCCUCACCUCAACUCGCCCUGAUAUUGCCUUCGCUGUUAACAAAUUGUGUGAGCAUAUGCACAAUCCACUGCUUCUGCAUUUCCAGCUCCUCAAACGAGUUCUCCGAUAUCUGAAAGGCACCUCCCAUUACAGCAAUCAACUAGAUCGGAAAUCCACGAUAGAAUACUUUCUGUUUCUAGGUACCGCCCUCCUCACCUGGUCUAUCAAAAAGCAAAAGACUGUUGCACGGUCCUCGACCGAAGCUGAGUAUCGAUCCAUGGCCGCCGCCGACAUUAUUUGGACCCAGUGA